GUCACUCUGCGGCACCCAAUAGCAAUUUCGAAAAUUAGAAUUUAUUUGCUGGCAAUUAGCUAAGGCAUAAACACUGCGCCACCUGUCCUUCGCCCAUCCAGAAUGUCUGACGUGUACAUUGUGUCCGCAGCCCGCACCCCCAUAGGUAGCUUCAAUGGAACGCUUUCCAAACUGAAGGCCUCCGAUCUGGGCAGUGUGGUUAUCCAGGAGGUGCUCCGCAGGGCCAAUGUGGAGGGCCAGCAGGUCAGCGAGGUGAUCCUGGGCCAGGCGCUCAGUGCGGGCCAGGGUCAGAAUCCGGCACGGCAGGCCUCACUCAAGGCGGGUCUGCCCAUCCAGGUGCCGGCCUACGGCAUCAAUAUGCUUUGCGGAUCGGGUUUGAAAACUGUUGCCCUGGGCUAUCAGGCCAUCCGCUCGGGCGAUGCCAAGAUCGUAGUGGCGGGCGGACAAGAGAGCAUGUCCAUGUCUCCACAUGUCAUGCACCUGCGGCAGGGCGUUAAAAUGGGUCCCGGCACACUGGUGGACACCAUGAUCCACGACGGUCUCACCGAUGCCAUGGAAAACAUACACAUGGGCAUCACUGCCGAGAAUCUGGCGGAGCAGUACCAGAUCAGUCGGGAGGCUCAGGAUGCCUAUGCCGUGCAGUCACAAAAUCGUGCGGAGGAGGCCCAGAAAAAUGGCUACUUCGAUAAGGAGAUUGUCCCCGUGGAGAUCAAGGAUCGCAAAGGCACGCAGAUCUUCAACAAAGAUGAGUACAUUAAGGCGGGCAGCACUGUCGAGGGCAUCCAGAAGCUACGGGCGGCCUUCAAAGAUGGCGGUUCCAUAACCGCCGGCAAUGCCUCCGGUGUCAAUGAUUCCGCUGCCGCUGUGCUGCUCAUGUCGGGCGAAGAGGUCACCAAGCAGGGUCUCAAGCCGCUGGCCAAGAUCGUGGGCUGGACGCAGAGUGGCAUUGAACCGAAGGUGAUGGGCCUGGGACCUGUCACAGCCGUAGAAGCUUUGCUCAUCAAAAUAGGCUGGAAGCGCGAGGAAGUAGAUCUUUACGAGCUCAACGAAGCCUUCGCGGCCCAAUCCCUGGCUGUGCUGCACGACCUCAAGCUGGAUGCCAGCAAGGUCAAUGUGAAUGGCGGUGCCAUUGCCUUGGGCCAUCCCAUUGGUGCAUCCGGAGCCCGUGUCCUGGUCACGCUUUUAUACGCCCUACAGCGUACCGGUGGAAGCAAGGGUAUAGCCUCCCUGUGCAUUGGCGGCGGCAUGGGCAUCGCCCUGGCCGUAGAGCGCCUCAACUAAGCCCAAUUAGUGGUCAUUCUAUUUAUUAUUUUCCCGUCUCUCUUUUAAGUGUACAGUUGCAACUUGCAAAGUAAUAUUCCAUUUUCUGGUCGCGUAGUAUUUCCAAGUACUUAGUUAUAUGAAACCCAAGUCACAAAGUUUACUCAAUUAAAGUUAAUUUGCUAACGUUUA